AUGUUUCCCACGCGUUCCCUUUUCAGUCCAGCCCGCUUGACGCUGUUUACACGCGCGGGCUGUGGCCUUUGCGAUACCGCCAAAAACACCGUGGUUCAGCUCCAGAAACGACGCUCCUUUGAAUACGUCGAAGCGGAUAUCAUGGAACCGGGAAACAAAUCUUGGAAGGAUGUUUACGAGUUUGAUGUUCCAGUGCUCCACGUUCAAUCAGUUCACAACGGACUGCCCAAGGAAGCCAAUCUCUCCGAUGCGCGUAAAUUGUUCCAUCGAUGGACAGAACAAGAAGUUGAGCGAUCGGUAGACGAAGCGGAAAAAGCACAGUCCUGA